ACAGAUCUUUAUUGCAACAUUAAUCAUGUUCCUGUCCUUCUCAGCUUCGAAAUAACAGUCCAAUCAUUUUUAUGUCAUUAAGUUGCGCGAAACUGUCUAUUUAAACUUCACGUCCUUGCCGAUUCAAUCGAAAUGCCCGGUUAUAAAGUGUUAAUCUCUAAUGAUGAUGGGCCGCCUAGCGCAGACGAAUCCCCUUUCAUUCUGACUUUCAUUGAGCAAUUGGAAGCUCUUGGCUGGGAAGUCAGCGUAUGUUUGCCAGAUACUCAAAAAUCGUGGAUAUCCAAAUCUUUCAUGAUCAAAGACCACAUUGGAGUUAAAUAUUACAACAGACAGACCAACCGAGUUCAAGCACAUAAAUCUGCACCGAAUGAUUUUGUGUUGCUAAGCGGUACGCCGGCUACCUGCGUAAAUAUUGGUCUUCAUCACGUCUUCAAAGAUACCGAUUUUGACCUUGUCAUAGCCGGUCCUAACUUUGGCCGUAAUUCAGCAAGCAUCUAUACGUUGGCAUCUGGAACUAUUGGUGCAGCUCUAGAAGCGACUCUUUGUAAUAAGAAAGCAAUUGCUCUGUCAUUUGCAUUCUAUGAUCGCGAUAUCAAGCCUCCAAAAAUCAAGAACGCCUGCAACAUGGCUAUCAAGGUUAUCAGCAAAUUGAUGGAGAUUAAUGAAUGGCAACCUGCUGGCCUCUACAAUAUCAAUGUGCCACUUGUUGAAGAAGAAUGCAGCGUCAAAGUCACGAACAUUUACAAAACCAGUUACGGAAGUCUAUUCAAACCUGUGACACUGGAGAGCACACCGCAAAAUGCAACUAAUGAUGAGUCUGUGGAGCUGAGUCUAAGAGAUGAAGCUGAAAGAGGAGAGCCAUUGGAAUAUAGGUUCGCUCCAGAUUUUAAGGUGCUUAGCGGUAUUGCUGAUGCUGAAGUUGGCACUGACACAUGGGCUGUCCACAAUAAGCAUAUCUCAGUGACACCUUUGAUUGCAUCAUACGCUUGCACACCACUGGAUAAAGUCCCUAGAUUAGAGGCACUUACAAAUCUCAACAAACUCUAGAUACAGUUUCGCAUACAUCUGGCGAUGAAAGGAGUCUUUCUGACCCCUAUAUUGUUCAUUUAUCAUAAGAAACAAACUACUCUAACAUUAUCAACGGCAUGGUUUGCCUAUGUGUUUUUAUCAAUGUACAAAGGGUGCAUAGCGUCUAAAGGAGGUCGAUGAUAACUAGAAGAAUCGCUUGGCAUAGUCCAAAGCGAAGGGAACUGCAGAAGAAAUUUAACAAUUGCGUUAGCUUUCAAAUUUCAAAACUUGUCGAGGAACUCGCGUUUGGCGAAAUAUUUACCAGCACGGAUGGCAACAAUGACGGAAACGAAGUUAGAAACAUUGCUGAUGGUGCGCAUUCGGAGGAAAGCCUUCUCCUCAGGAGUGAGUUUUUGCUAUAUUGCAGUUACUGGUUAGUCAAACAUGAUGAUUUGCGUGAUAGAUCUGAUGGUAG